AUGGCGGUGAAGAUCCUCCUGGCCCUGGCGUAUGCCUCCGCACCAGUGGCGUAUUCAGCCGUCGCCCCUGUGGCGUACGCGGCGCCCGCGCGGCUCGAGGAGUUCGACCCCUACCCACAGUACAGCUUCGGUUACAACGUCGCCGACACCCUGACCGGAGACUACAAGAGCCAGAACGAGCAGCGCAACGGGGACUUGGUCCAGGGUUCCUACUCGCUGGUCGACCCUGACGGCACCAGACGCGUCGUGGACUACUCUGCUGAUUCAGUAAAUGGAUUUAACGCGGUCGUCCGCAAGGAGCCCCUGGUUGCUGCUGCGCCCGUCGUCGCGGAGCCCGUGGUCGCUGCGAAGGUUGCUGUGCCUGCGAGAUACGCUGUAGCCCCUGCGCCGGUCGCCAGCCCCGUCUUCGCUAGAUAUGCCGCUGCCCCUGUCGCUGCCGUAGGCGCCCCUGUAUAUAGAUACGCCAAUGCUGCCGUCGCCCCUGCACCGGUUGUGGCCAGAUACGCCACUGCCCCUGUCGCUGCCGUAGCUGCCCCUGUGGCCAGAUACGCCGCUGCUCCCGUUGCUGCUGUAGCCGCCCCUGUGGCUAGAUAUGCCGCAGCCCCCGCGUACCAAUACGCCGCAGGCCCUGCGUAUCAAUACACCGCGUAUGCCCCCGCUUCUUACGCCGUGGCCCCUGCCCGACUAGCCGCCCCUGCGAGGAUAGUCGAGAGCGCUGCUCCUGGCAUCUACUACCCCUAA